AUGACUGCCACAGUGGUCUUUCAGCACAACACUGAGCUACCUGGUUUGUCAGUGCGAGGUCCUUCGAUGCCACUACGUGUCCAGCUGGGGGCGUCUGUGACGUUGCCCUGCUCUGUGGAUACCCCAAUACCUCUGCGUGAGCUGGAGGUGCUGUGGACGAGGGAAGAUUCUGGAAGCCUGGUGCAUCUGUUCCUGGGAGGAAAGAUCCGGACAGAAUCACAGAGCCCAGCGUACAGCGGCAGGGCCGAGUUUUUCACUGAAGAAAUCUCCAAAGGAAACUUCUCUCUGCUGCUUCGGAAUGUAACCACCGAAGACAGAGGGAUGUACAAGUGUGUAAUUCACACUGAACAAGAGUCUAGUGAAACAAAUGUGACAAUAGAUUCUGAACGGCUGGUGGUGACUGGUGCAGACGUGCCCGUAUUUGCAUAUGCUGGUGAAGAUGUGAUUCUGAACUGCUCAGUGGACACCCAUGUUCCUCUCGGAGAGUUAGAAGUAGAGUGGAUGAAGACAAAUGAAGAAAUCCUGGUGCUGCUGUUUAUGGAGGGGCGGUACAGACCGGAGUCACAGCCUGAGAGAUUCAGAGGGCGUGCUGAGUUCUUCAGUGAGGAGAUUCCCAAAGGCAACUUCUCAAUGAAACUGAGGGAUAUAAAAACUGAAGACAGAGGGGAAUUCAUCUCAGGAGCCACCACUGUCUUUAGCAAGGCUUCCAACGGCGGGGGGGGGGGGGGGGAUGUCCGCCUCAGAGCCUGUCCAUCCAGACACAGCCAGAGGGACCUGAAGGACUGCAACUCCCAGCAUGCACUGAGGCCUGUCAGACCCGUGCCUGAAGAUCAGCAGCUCCCAGCAUGCACUGAGCUGGGAGCGUCUGUGACGUUGCCCUGCUCUGUGGAUACCCCAAUACCUCUGCAUGAGCUGGAGGUGCUGUGGAUGAGGGAUUCUGGAAGCCUGGUGCAUCUGUUCCUGGGAAGAGAGAGUCGGCCAGAAUCACAGAGCCCAGCGUACAGCGGCAGGGCCGAGUUUUUCACUGAAGAAAUCUCCAAAGGAAACUUCUCUCUGCUGCUUAGGAAUGUAACCACCGAAGACAAAGGAAUGUACAAGUGUGUAGUUCACACUGAACAAGAGUCUAGUGAAGCAAAUGUGACAAUAGAUACUGGUAAGUAG